AUGGAGGCUGCCAACGGGAGCAGCAGUGACACUAGCAGGCAGGCCUUGUCCUCCGGUCUGGUGGCCCCCGCUCCAGCGGCCACUUCCUCCUCACUGCCCUUGGCCUCUGGGGUGGCCAUUCCUCCAGCUUUUCUCCGGCCCCCUAGUCUGUUCUUGAGGGCAGCAGCAGUGGCGGCCGCCGGGAGUGUAGCUUGUACUUCUGCGGCAGGACUGGAGAGGGGGGUCGGGGCCUUGGGCUGCGGAGGCUACCCGCGGACCCCGAAGUGCGCCCGCUGCCGUAAUCACGGGGUGGUGUCUGCGCUCAAGGGCCACAAGCGUUUCUGCCGCUGGCGGGACUGUGCCUGCGCCAAGUGCACCCUGAUAGCUGAGCGCCAGCGUGUGAUGGCCGCUCAAGUUGCGCUCCGCAGGCAACAGGCACAGGAGGAGAACGAGGCCCGCGGGCUGCAAAGGCUCCUCUAUCCCGGGCAGGCCUCUAGCAGUCCGGGAGCUGGAGGCUGCACAGGCUCGGAGAUUUCCCCAGCAGCAGUGGGUGGGUCGGGGGCUGCAGAGGGGCUAAACUUGGGGACUGGAGGUCUAGGAAGCCGGCGAGCGGUUCCCUUCGAGAUUUUCCACCCAGAUUAUCAGGAAGAUAAAAGAGAUUCAAAGGUACAGAAAGUUGGCUCAUACUACAAUGGCUUAGAUGGUCCAAUCACCUCACAUCAGCUUUCCUUGAGAUCUCCUGAGCCCAUUGGAGCUAGUGGAGAUGAUGAAGAGAAGCCAUCUGGUUCAGAAAACUCAGACAAGGAAGAGAACAUUCAGUCCCCUCACCCUGAAGAGCAAUCAGAAGGUACAGAGAGUCCUAGAUCUUUGUCAUCUUCUGAUAUGGAAUCAGGAAAUGAAAGUGAAUGGGCCAAAGACUUUGCUGCUGCUAGGUCCAAUCUUCCCACAAUUUCUUCCAGAUCAAGGGACCCACUUGAUAUUCUCACUAAGGUUUUCCCAAGUUACAAACGCAGCCGGCUAGAAAGUAUUCUACAGUACUGCAAAGGAGAUGUAGUCCAAGCUAUAGAACAAGUCUUGAAUGGAAAAGAACACAAACAAGACACUGUAGAUCUUGCAAACUCAAUGGGAGCUGAACUGACUGCAUUGCAAAGAACUAAUUUUACCCUAGCUGGCCUCGGAAUAGGAACACUAGGAAAUAAAUCUGCCUUUUCUCCUUUGCAAACUAGUUCUACUCCAUUUGGUGGUGAUCCAAAUCUCUAUAGCCUAAAUCCUAGGCUAGGUAUCAGUCCAUUACGCCUCUCAUAUUCCUCUCCAGGAAGAGCAUUGUCUGGUUUCAUGUCACCCUACCUAACAUCUGGAUUGGUUCCAGCUUUGCCUUUCCGGCCAGCUAUAGAUUAUUCAUUUUCAGGAAUGAUCAGGGAUGCCUCUUAUUUUCCCGGCAAAGACUCAAUGACCAGUAGUGGACUCUAUUCUAGAUUAAAUCAGGAAAACCAAUAA